GCCACUCGUUUAGCGUAUCUUCAAAUAUGAAUAUCAUUAUCUGAUCCUCACCAGCUAAAGCAAUUGAGUCAUACACAAAAUGGGUGAAGAGAAGAGCCGAGUUAUAUCCAUAUCUCACACCCUAACGCCCACGAAAAGUAACUCAGAAGAGGAAGAAUGGAGGGCAGCCAUGCUGUUCAUAGGAAAAGGCCCCUCUGCAACCCUGCAAUUCCUUCCAGAAGAAUCCAGAGCAUUAUUAUAUGCCUACAAAUCCCAGGCACUGGAUGGGCCAUGCCCAAGUGGUCAAGAUGGGUCACUUGCCAUUGAUAGGGCACUGAGAGUGAAGCAGGAGGCAUGGGGGGCUCUUGGGGAUAUGCCCAAAUUACAGGCGAAGAGAGAAUUUAUUGGGUUACUCACACAGGUGUUGCCUGAGUGGAAGCAGUGGUGUAAGGAUCAUGGUGAUUUGGUUGACAAGAAGGAGGAAGAUACUGAUGGGGUUUCUAAAAUUGUGAGGGAGUUUUUGAAAAGGAUUAGCUUGAGAGCAAAUCUGUGAGAAGAGCAUGGUGGGAAAUGUUAUUUAACAGAAGUCGGAGGAAAGAAGUCUGGAUAAGAUUGUCAAUUUGCUUUUAAUACUAGCAUAUCUGACGUAACGUAUGCAUAUUUGUUUGGUUAAUACCUACCAAAUCGGCUUGGAAAGCCAUGCAAUAAGAAUUGCCGAAUGCUCUUUUGUAUAUGUAUUGCACGCUGAAAGAUGGCAUAUACUUUAAUGAUAACCAUUUAAAACUACCUCAGCAAAUCUUCAAUAAAUACAGUGAAAAAAGAGUGCAUUUUAUUUGCAUAUUUUCAA